UCAUCGUCGUUGUCCAACCCUAUACGCAACUCGUGGUGUUUCCCUCCCGCCCCCACCUCCACCUCCACCUAAAGUAAAAUAAACUUGGAGACGAAUCGACGAAUCAUUCGUCAAGAAGGCAGAGAAGAGAGGAUCGUUCAAAUCUUAUAUGAUAAGGGAACUUUUCACAGUGCACGGAUUACAGUUCCAGUUCUUUUGACAUAUUCAUUCCGUUCGUUCGUCGUUCCUUCGUACGUUCGAUUGGAUGCAUUUGUAGCACCUACAAUCGGGUGUUACAUUAGUGUGUAUUCUAAACGUUGUUCGGAUCGUUGAUUUAUAUAGUAUUACAUACACUCGGCUGACAGGCGAGCAUCCGAUGUUGAUAACAAUGACAAGGUGAUGCGUAAACGCAACGGCGGCAAGUGGAAAAUCGAUCGUUUUUACUAUCGUGAUGGAUGAUGACAAUUGACACAAUUGUAUGAAAGUUAUGUUGUGUGCUAUGUGACAAGUGUUUGUUCUACCCAAUUUGGAUUAUAACGAUACUUGCGGCUCUACCGGUCGCCCUAAAAACUCGGUGUGGAGGAUAAUGUUCUACUUGCGGAUCGCGAUCGGCCAUUAGGGCGGCCCACGUUGAGGGGAACUUGGUCUCAUUUUACACGGUAUUCUCUUAACGUUAAAAACGGCGGCGAUCGGGGUGGGAGUGCAGCCCGUGUUAUCAUCCGGCUAUCAUAACACGGCGCCAUCCCACAACGGGGGUGGUGGUUCGACGCUAAGCGCCGCGGCGAUGGUGGCAGCGGCUACCGCCACGGCCACCGCCACUGCCAGCGUGGUGGCCAUGCAGGACCGCCAAGACAUCCCCGCACAGUACAACCAGAUGCAGAGCCAACAUGGAAUGGCUCACCAGGCGUACAAUACGGGGUACGCGCAGAGAGGAGCGAUGGCUGGACUCGGACCGGUCGGUAUGAAUAACUUCAACAGCAUGGGUUCCAUGGGACCAAUGCAUACGAUGAAUUCUAUGAAUUCGAUGAACGCGAUGAGUGGUAUGAACACGAUGAACCCGAUGACUAUGGGGGGCAUGAACGGGAUGAACGGUAUGAACGGAAUAAGCCCCAUGAACUCGAUAGCGAACAUGGGUAACAUGGGAAUGAACAACAUGAUGGGACCCAACAAUAUGCAGAUGAACAAGAUGAACAUGCAGGCGCAGACUCAACAAGGUUACCCGAGGAGGUUAGCGCCGUAUCCAAAUCCGGCAAUGCACAUGGCGCAAAAGAGGCAGCAAAAUCCAUACCCAGGACCGAAUCCCGGCGCAAUGCAGCCGGGCUUCAACGGGAUGCCCAAUAAUCAGUAUGCGAACGCGUACGCCGGUAGUCGGCCAAAUUUUCAAUCUCAGUAUCAACCGAUGCAGGGAAUGAAUCCCGGCAACGCUGGCUUCGGACCGAAUUCCAUGAUGCGAGGCACCACCAUGAGACAAGCUACCCCGUCUUACAACCCGGCGGCGCAAGCCAAUCAGUAUUACGCGAAUAGCGGAGUCCCGACCAACAUGGGGCCCACCUCGGUGAACAGCCAAUUUGUCGGCCACCAGCAGACACCUGGUUAUGGUGGUACGUCGCCGUACGCGGCUACCAGCCAGUAUCAACAGGAUGUUGCGACAAUGAGGACGAGCGGUGCCGGAAACAUGAGCUACCAGCAUAGUCCUAUACCUGGGAACCCGACUCCUCCUUUAACUCCUGCUACCAGUAUGACACCUUAUAUCAGCCCCAAUCCAGAUAUAAAGCCGAAUUUUAACGAGAUCAAAUCACCGGUUAAUAUUCAGAAGGACGACGAGCUGAGAUUAACAUUCCCUGUGAGGGAUGGUAUCAUACUUCCACCCUUCCGGCUAGAACAUAAUUUGGCUGUCAGUAACCACGUAUUCCAAUUGAAAACCACCGUUCAUCAGACGCUGAUGUGGCGAUCCGAUCUUGAGCUACAAUUAAAAUGCUUUCACCACGAAGAUAGGCAGAUGAAUACUAAUUGGCCGGCAAGCGUUCAAGUAUCUGUCAAUGCAACGCCGCUGGUUAUUGAUAGAGGGGAAAACAAAACGUCCCACAAACCACUUUACCUUAAAGAUGUCUGUCAGCCUGGGCGGAACACCAUACAGAUCACAGUUUCUGCAUGUUGUUGUUCGCAUCUCUUCGUCCUACAAUUAGUUCAUCGGCCAAGCGUACGAAGCGUUCUACAAGGGCUAUUACGCAAGAGGUUACUACCUGCGGAACAUUGCAUAGCUAAGAUAAAGCGAAACUUCAACAAUACUAUGUCGAAUAACGGUAUGCAAUCUGAGAGAGAUCGAGACGUUGUGGAGCAAACAGCACUGAAGGUAUCAUUGAAAUGUCCUAUUACUUUCAAACGGAUUACGCUACCUGCACGGGGCCAUGAUUGUAAACAUAUACAAUGCUUCGAUUUGGAAUCCUAUCUACAACUAAACUGCGAAAGAGGGUCGUGGCGAUGUCCUGUCUGCAACAAACCUGCACAACUCGAAGGAUUGGAAGUAGAUCAGUACAUGUGGGGUAUUUUAAAUACUACUCUAAAUACGUCGGAGGUAGAAGAGGUAACGAUAGACUCGGCAGCGAGCUGGAAACCUGCUAAGAGUUUAACAGGUAUAAAAUCUGAGGAGGACAACGACUGUAAGAGAAUGAGCAAAGCCAUGUCGCCCGGUAGUAUGAAUAUGCCAACAAUGAACAACUGGGACAUGAAUCAGGCAAUGAGUCCCUACAUCCCACCUGACAUGAACAGCAUCGCUAGUGGAUCUAUGAUGAAUAAUACUCCCCCUGCGUAUGCCAACAAUAAUAUAAAUCAUAGGAAUUCAUCCGGAGGAUCUUACGACAUGAAUUCAGGAACGAAUAGCAGUAGUAAUAACGAUUACUCCAGUGGCGCAGGUCCUCUGUCACAUCUGAGCGACUCCGUCAAUUCUCUUGACCCUCUGAACGCAAUGGAGAAAUCUCUCAACGAUCAGAUGCCACACACACCUCACACGCCACAUACACCCCACACACCUCAUACGCCUGGCGGUGGAAACAGCGGACCACCAAGCGUACCUCCAUCGUCUCAAGAAUCGACUGGAAACCACAAUACUUCCGGAAAUACAAGUACAAACAUCAAUAACGACUCGGCAGACAUACCUUCGGACCUCAACUUCGACCCUGCAGCUGUUAUAGACGGAGAGGGAACCGGGCAAGAGGCAUUGAAUCUAUUGCCUGAUAACGUCGUAGACCCAAUGGAAUUACUCUCAUACUUGGAUCCGCCUGAUCUUAAUACACCACCGAGUAGCGGAGCAAGCAGUGGAAAUCCUUCGUCUAGCGACGACAUACUUGCACUGUUCGAAUAAGACGCCAGUGUAAUGAAUUAAUCACACAUUACGAGAGGGAAUAAUCAAAUUAAAGCCCAAAAAUUUUGGGGAAAGUGACCACCGAGUCCGUAUCUUACUGCAGUACAUUCUUACUGUACGUGGCAAGAAUUUAUGUAGUGAGAAUACAAAUAAAUGGGGUCACUGUGGGUGCUUUCACCUAAACAAUGGUACAAACAAUCUUAGCUCUAAUUGUAAUAUUCCUAUUGAUGAAGUUAGGGCAUAUUAGACGUAGGAUAUUGGACCUCUAUCGAUGGUACCACGCAACAUUAGCGCUCGUGUCUCCGAAGAGCACGGUACAUGGAUUAGAAUUGGCGUAUUAAUCAAGUUUCUUCGUGCUGCAAGAAAAACGAGUGUACAAUAUUCUUUCAUGUGCGAAAGAUUGCAAAUACGUGCAAAGUAAUCCCUGUGCUAUGUUCUUCAAACGAAACGGUCUACUCGCGAUCAAGGCUAUGACGGACCUAUAUCAGAACUUAAGGAUAUAAAAAUGAAACAAAAAACAAGAAAAAAAAAACACUACUGUACAGUAUCUUUUGUAUAUAGGUUUCAAUUCAAAUUAAAUAAGAUAAAAGAUAUUCAUCUGUUGUAAAACCACCUUGCUUAUUGAUGGAUAUAGCGCAUAUAGUGUUCCUUUCCUUUAGAUGAUAAUAGUAACAUGUGGAGACAAGUAAUCUAGGGGCUGACGGGCUAUACACUGUCAACUCUUUCAAGUACCAGUAAAACAAAUUAUCACGAUGUAUCUUUAGAGCUGAAAUGUUGGAAGUCGAUUAACAUAUAAUAAUUCUGAUUAUCGGUUAGAAACAUGUUUUGAAAAACUUGUAGUUACUAUCUGAUCCAAAGACAAAUCCUAAUAAUGAACGCACAUUUUCAGGGUGUCAAGCAUCAAUGACAUAUCAAAUUUCCUGACAUUUUCCAGUUUUCUGGGUGCAAGUAGACAUUUUCCGGGACUUAUUUUAACCUAACUUUAAUAACAAAUUUACUUUUUUCAUGCAAAUUAGUUGAAAAUUAGACAUUACAUGUCUCCAUCGCAGGUUGAAAUAGUCCAAUUUUUCUUGCAAUUUAAUUUUGCUUACACUCGAUUACCAAAUGUAUCGAUAAACACUCCAAUUUUAACAUACUAACGGAAGAUUAGGAUUAGCCAUUGUUUAGAAACAUCGAUCUGAGAGUAUGAACUGUUUUUCGUACUUUUUUAUAUUUUUCAUAAAUUUUACAUGAUGCUUAAUAUCGAUUCAUCAAUUCUUCAAAUUCCUCCAAAUACCAUAUAUUUUGUCCCUUAUACCCUUGUCACACUGACUCCCUCAAUUUUAUCACGUAACGUAAUUUUCUACAUUUCAAAAAAUCGUACACCAGUGAGGAAGAAAAUGCAAAAAUUGGGGGACACAUACCUGUUCCCUGACAAUUCCUGGUUUCCAAAUUUCUUUGACAGCUAAAUACCCUGAAUUUUUUAUAAUCAAUAACGAACCUAAUUUAUUCUCUUUCCAGAAUAGUCUGUUGCGCUUGUGUAACUAGUUCGUGAAGUAAUUGAAAUUUCAAUGAGAAUGUUCGAAAAUACCUUUCGGGUAUAAUUUAUCUUUCUGAUCCCAAUCAGGCUUGAAAAAUUUGCGAUAAAUUGAGGCAGUUGCUCAAGCAAAUAAACGACCAGUAUUACUGUUUUCUACUCAAUGUCUUUUUCGCUCGAUAAACCGAGGUAAUCUGAUUUUAUCGUCACCCUCGAGCUAUCAACUAAAAUCUCCAAAGAUACAUCGAGAAUAAGAGAUUAUAUUUGGGUAUGGCGAUCUUAUUUUCACAAGCUUGCAUCACCGAAAAAAAAAUACUGUAAUGUCUUGAAACGACUCUUACAUGUAUUAUAUCUUCUAAUUGUUGGCAUUUUUUCAGUACAGAGAUUAUACAGUUUAAACUAUACAAACGAUUUUGAGUUAGAUGAAUAUGAUGGUUACAGAAAAAAUGAAUAUAAUUAGUUGGGUUUGAUCAGCUUGUGAAAAUAAAGGCUUUGAAAGUUGUAACUACUAUUCGCACAAACAUUAACGAGAAAUCGAUUUGAAUUUGAAAGUGGAAAAUUGGUCACGUCCCAAAGCUAUGCCUAAAUAUAAAAUAUUGUCAGAGUGGCUCGCAAUCCCCUGCUUGCAUAGUAAUUAUUAUAUUUAUAUUUUUUUGUGAUUAAAGAGAGGAGAUAUACUUAAAGUGAUUCAUGUAGAUUAUACAAAUUUUAUAUAUAAAAAAAAAAAAAAAUAAUAAGAAAUGUAUUUAUAUUAUUACGCGUGACAUGGACGCCCCGAUAAAGAAUUAGAUGCGGUCAAGUUUCUAUUCAUAUAAUAAUAACUAUACAUAUAUAUAAUAAUAACAUUAUGGAGGUUAGUUUUUAAUAUUACUUAUAUUAAGUGCGACUAUUGUAUAUUAUUUGUAUAUAUGACAAAUAGAUUAAUAAUAUAAGCAAAGUGGCAGAUACUUAUUGGCCAGUUAUAACAGUAAAAAAAUGGUUAUCUUAAUUAUUUCUCAGAACCAAAACAUACGAGAAACAACGUAUGGUAUUACCUACCUACUACAUACCCCUAGAAAUGAAAUGAAAUGAAAAAGAGAAAACGAGUAAAAGUAAAUGAAAAUGAAAAUGAAAAAAACUAAUGUGUACAAGACUACAGAUUUUAAUAAUUGUACAGUUUUAAAAACUGUACACCCCUAUUAUUACUGAUAGUAAUAACGGUACUAUUACCUACCCAAUAAAGAUCUAUCUACCUUAA